CCGGAGCGUCGCGUCAGUCCCACACCGAGAAGGGUUCCCACACCCACACCUAGAACGACUGCGACGAGCGCUACGCCACCGGCAAUGAUGACGUUGCCCAGGAGGACAACCCCCACGGCCACUCCGGCAACGACGACGACUCAGCCUCCUCCGCUGCUCUGCUCUGUCGGCUCGCCGGCAGCAGCCAUCCACCCGCUGUACCCGCCGGACAGGUCGUGCGACAUCGUCUUCUUCACGCACGUGCGGGUCAAGAACAACACGGUGCAGCCAGUGCUUGGCAAGAUCAUCUUUCCGACGUUCAAGAACGUCUGCGCCACAUACAGGGACACCACCUGCGGCCUGUCCUUCGACGUGAACUUCCUCGACCAUACCCAGUUUUCCGUCACGGACUUGCUGGAUCAUCUGGCGGAGCUCAAGAGAGCGUCACGUAUAAACCACUACGGCAUCCUCAACAUCUACGGGCCCCCGACCUUCGUCGAAAACAUCGGCAUCGCGGCCGACUUGAAGGACAUAAUCAGAGCCUUUCGGAGUGCCCUAGGAGACGACAGGAAAAGCCAUAUGAUCGUCGUCGGCGUCGGUUUCUUCUUCUACAAUGACACAAACUCUUGGAAAAACUUGGCUGACGUUGUCGAGCAAGUCGCCUCGUGAGUAUGACAGCCGUCGAACUC